AUGCUGAGGCUGAGUAUAGGGCAAUGGCGCAUACGACGAAUCCUGAGUCUUGAUUGGUCUUCUGGCAUUGAAACAUUGAAAUGCGUUGACCGUGUAGACCUUACACUUAGUGGUUCUUUUGCCGAUAUGAUUUUAACAUCGAAUGCUUCUGCAGCAGAGAGGAAUGACACCAUUUCACUGUUUGUAUUGACCAAUCCCGGGCAAUUGCAUUUUUAUGACAAUGCUUGCUUGUCUGACUUGAAGUCUGGCCCAGAGAAGAAGCAUCAUGUUCAUGCUGUUGAAUAUCCUGUAGUCAUACCUACUGUUGAACCAAACAUGACUGUGGGAAAGCUCAGGUUGGUAAGCACAGAAGAGAGCUUUUCACGGGCUCUCACAGAGACAGUAUCGGCUGCAAAACUUCAAGAUGCCAUGACUACAAGGAGUACAAAGUGGCCUCUGACUGGAGGUAUUCCCAGUCAGCUGUCUUUUGGGGAAGAGAAUAGAAUUGAGCGAAUAUACAUAGCAGGCUACCAAGAUGGGUCUGUCCGAGUAUGGGAUGCCACAUUUCCAGUUCUGUCAUUCAUGUUUGUUUUAGGACAUGAGGUGGAAGGUAUCGAAAUUGCUGGUGCAAGUUCAUCAAUAUCAGCAUUGGACUUUUCCUCCACCACUUUAAGUUUAGCUAUUGGCAAUGAAGGUGGUCUGGUUCGUAUACACAGUUUAUCUGGGAGUUUUGGUGGAAUGAACUUUCAAUUUGUAACAGAAGCCAAACGUGAAGUUCACAAAGUCCCCCUUGAGCACAGACUUCAGUGUAUAGCGGCAUUUUCCAUCCUUAAGUCUCCUGUACGCACCCUGCAAUAUUUGAAUAAUGGGGUCAGACUUGCUGUGGGAUUUGAAUGUGGUCAGGUCGCAGUGCUUGAUAUAAGUACGUUGUCAGUUUUGUUUCUUACAGACUCUGUAUCGGCUUCAAGUUCUGCAGUCAUUUCUGUGGCUUUGAAAACAUACCCAAAUACAAGUAGCGACAAUCUGAACCACCAUGAAAAGGAAAUGUUGAAUGAAUCUUCUUCCAGGGAGGUGGCUUUCAUCUUGACCAGAGAUGCACAUAUCAUUGUUAUGGAUGGAAUCACUGGGAAUAUGAUCAGCUCUCAGCCAAUGCACCCAAGGAAAGAGUCAACAGCAGUUUCCAUGUAUAUUUUAGAGAGCAAUGUUUCUAACACCAAAGCAUUUGAAAAGCAAUCACCAAUCUCCUCUCAGGAUGUUGAAGCUAAAAGUGAACUUGUGCAAACCAAUUCUCAAUAUCAAAGUGAUUCAACAGAGGUUGAAUAUGACACCUCUAGUGAAGCCAAAUACUUGGGGCAGAGAUAUACGGACUCACUUAUUUUACUUUGUUGUGAGGAUGCAUUGUGCCUAUACUCCUCAAAUUUUGUUAUUCAGGGGGAAAAUAACUAUAUCCAUAAGGUAAAUCUUGCAAAACCAUGUUGUUGGACCACAAUCUUCAAGAAGGAUGGAAAAGAAUGUGGACUGGUUAUGGUCUAUCAGACUGGAGUGAUUGAAAUAAGGUCUUUGCCAUAUCUUGAAGUGGUAGGAGAAACCUCAUUAAUGGCAACAAUGAGAUGGAAUUUCAAGACUAAUAUGGACAAGAUGAUGAGUUCUUCCGAUAAGGGGCAGAUUACACUGGUAAAUGGUUGUGAGUUUGCUUUUAUAUCUCUUUUGGCCUUUGAAAAUGACUUCAGGAUUCCAGAGGCGUUGCCUUGUCUCCAUGAUAGAGUUCUUGCAGCUGCUCCAGAUGCUGCAGUUAGUCUCUCUCAAAGUCAAAAGAAAAAACAGAGUACUGCCCCUGGGAUCAUUGGUGGUAUCAUUAAAGGAUUCAAAGGGGGUAAAGUGGAACAGGGUGUGAAUCUUGCUGAAGCUCGUGAAAUCACUAUUGCACAUUUAGAGGGCAUAUUUUCUAGGUUCCUGUUCUCAGACCCUUUUAAAAGCAUAGGAGAUGACCAAAAAGCUGUGGAACUUAAUAUAGAUGACAUUGCAAUUGAUGAACCUGUUCCUGUUACAUCUUCGUUUGUCAAGAGCAAUAACAAUAAGACAGACAAGGAAAAAGAGAGGGAAAGAUUAUUUGAAGGUGGCUCUACCGAUACAAAACCAAAACUUAGAACACGUGAAGAAAUAAUUGCUAAAUACAGAAAGGCUGGGGAUACCUCCUCUGUCGCUGCACAUGCAAGAGACAAACUUGUAGAGCGCCAGGAAAAACUUGAGAACAUCAGCAGGCGCACUGCAGAGCUACAAAGUGGGGCUGAGAAUUUUGCAUCAAUGGCUGAUGAGCUUGUCAAGACAAUGCAAAACCGGAAAUGGUGGCAUAUAUGACAUGAAGUUGGCGUUAGUUUCAAGUGCUUGGAUUGGCUGAUAUGGUCCACUCGACCUUGAUAAUGCAAGUAAGCCUUCUAGGUUGUUAUUUAACAUUUAAUUAUAGAUUCUACUGUCAUUCUGAUGCAGAAAAUCCAUACACCAUUCAUUUGUCAGGGUAUUUAGAUUUGUACUUAUUGUCUAACCCCAGUUAGUGUAAAAUCUUAAUAGUAAAUCUUAGUUGAAAGAAUUAGCAAAAUCCAAUUGUUUAAGCAUAUUGGUAUCAAAACAUCAAUACAUAGUUCAUAUACUAUGUCCUUUUUUUUUGGUG